GUGCAGUCCGAACGUAUCGGCUCAGAUAGAACGAAGGGAGAGAAGAAAGGAGGGCAGGAAGGAAGAAGGGAAGCCGCUCAAAGGACUCGACUGGCGAUUUAGGUGAAAGGACCAGAAGUCACAGAAGCAGACGAGGACACUUGCACACCGUCUGUGACCACAAGUGCCAGCAGCGAUGAUGUCAGCGGCGGUUGGAGCUACGAGUGGAAUCUGGUCCCCAGUCUGAGUCCCGAGUUGGAACUUAACACCUGUGACAGCGACAUAGAAGCCAGGUGACUCUAUCCUGUAUCCUGAUUUCAGAAACCACUUUUUUAAAAACUAAAACACAUCGACUGACGGCUGAGCACCAGAAGUGUUUCAGCUCUUAAUAACACCGCUUAUCUUUCAACGAGUUAGUUAGUUUUAAUGUUACAUGCAAUGAAUAAGUCCUCAAUAUCUGUAUUCAAAAGCUGUUCCUGUGAUUUUACAGGCCGGACAACUUGAUAACUUCUUUGUGAUAUUUACCAGCGUUACAAGAUCCAUCCCUCGUAGCAAUCGUAGGCCCCUUCUUCCUGGUCACCAAUCCAACACAUUUUACAACUGACAACUCCAUCUCAUGACCUUCACCUGCCCUCCAGCUCUCCAAAUCAGUGGGACUGUCCCGAGGGGAGCAGUUCCCUCAGCUCAGAGCGCCACAGUGUGGCCCAAAGAGAUAUGACCCGGCUGGACCCAUCUGAAGCCGAAUACUCCUUUAUGGACGAGAGGAGGGGCAGAGACAGGUCCCACCGGACAUCAGAGUCCCGAGGAGACAGGGAACCAGAGAGCGGCUACUUCUCUCCGGACCGAAGAGGUGAUGGUGAGCGGCCGAUGGAGGAGGUCAACAAGCGGUCGUAUCGUUACUACGAGCGCGGGCAUCCUCUUCCCAGUAACUACGUCGCCGAGCCAAAAGCCUGCGUCCCCUACAGGAACGUCAACCUCGGCACGCCCUCCGAGAGGAGGAAUCCAGAGACGUACAUGCAGGAGGUUUGGAGAAGUGAAUCGCCCGAGAGGUACACGUACCACUCCAACUUCAGACGGGGAGCCGAUUCACAGAAUAGUUCACCAACACGUCACGCCUCCCUGAGCCCAGAUCGCUGCAGGUUCACAGAAUCUCCUGUGGGAACCCGGCGCAAGAGCUCCCUCUCCGUGAGUCAGUCUCAUGACUCCUCUCCGCUUCCAUCACAUGGCCUUUCCCGGCACACGUCCAGCAGGUCCAGUCCAUCUCGCAGGAGGGGUUCUGUCGCCUCUCGGACCGUCUCGCCCACCAGAUCCACCCAUUCUCACAGGCACGCCGACUCUGUCUAUUUACAGAACGGUGAGCGUGAUGCUCAGAGGAGGUGCAGCUCGGACUUGAGGAGUCCAUCGCAAGCUUCCUACAAACACAGUUUGGACUCUGAGAAGCUGUACAGGAAUCUGGAGUCUAUCUCACGCAGAGGCUCGUCCGCUAUCCAGCAACACUCAUUUGAAGAAUCCCAGGUGUCUCCUCGAACCAGAACAGCCAUCAACAGCUCGGCCAACACCCGCACUCGCAACAGCCGGCAAGUAUCACCGUGCAGGAACGGCUUCAGUACACACAGCCACACCCCACAAAGGGAGCCCGAGUCUAGAGACAGCAGACCGAGUCCAACUCACGGCUCGUGGCGAGGGUCAUGCCACUCUUUACUCAGCCUCCCACCCUCUCGCGGUUCCUCGUCGAGACGAAGCGCAGACUCCCAGAUGCUCGGUGGUUCCCUUUCACAUGUCGCAAUCACAGAAAGGGACAGAGGCCACGAGAGGAACAAUGAGGUCGGCGGUGACAGAAGCAGGAGCAACAUCAGGCGAGGCAUGGAGGCCCUGCUGAUCUCUGAACCCAAGAAGGCUGCAGUGGAAACAGAAGAGGUGGGGAUGACCAUGGAGGACUACAUUGUCCUGGCCGAUAUUCCAACUAUCCAGCUGGAGUCUGAAGAAGAGUCUCCGGGGAACAGGAGGAGGAACCAGAGUCCCAGCCCCUGCAGGGGCAACAGGCUUCGGGCCGACAGGUACCACGAGGAGAUGGUCACCUACAGUUCAAGACUUGAGUCGGACAAAAGGGGGAGAGUGAGAGAGAGAGGCAGAGACAGGCAAGAGAAAUGUCGGGACGCUGAGAACGGACGGUCAUCUCGACGAGGGUCAGUCGCAUCGUUUCAUUCACAGAGUUCAGACAAUCAAAGUGGAAGACACAAAUCUUCAAAGGUGAAGAAGCGAGCUCCUCUGCAACGCCCGCAGACACAGGGCUGGAUGUCCAUACUGGAUGCGCAUGGCAGGUGGCAGAAACUCUGGUUUGUUCUGGGUGAUACCUCACUGAGGUACUACAGAGACGCAGACGCCGAGGAGGCAGAUGAUGUUGAAGGAGAGAUAAACCUGAUUUGCUGCAUCAAUGUGGCAGAAUGCGAUGUGGAGAAGAACCAUGGACUGCAGAUACAAACAAAGAGAGCACUGUUCACUCUCUCCGUCAUGACCUCUAGAAUACGGCGGAACUGGGUGAAGUUGCUAAAACAAGCGAUCCAGAACAACACGCACCAAUCGGACUCCGGCAGCGAGAAAGACUACCCCCUCCCCCGGAGACCGUCGCCAUGCCAACCCGCCGCUCGCUUCGCCUGCAAGGACUCCGGCUAUGAACCUACCACUUCCACUGCCACCGUCACAGCUGUAGACCCCCGUCAGGCCGACCACCACCACACCGUAGACCUGGAUCUGGACUUGUCUCCGUCCAGUCAGAGAGAAGAGGGGGAGGGCUGGGACCGCGAGCAAGCCAAGCGAUUGGAGGAGAGGAACAAGUGGUUUGAGGAGGGGGUCCCCUUCAGUGAAAUGGGCAGUAGGUGGGACUCGAUGGCGCUGAAGAGGGGGAGUGCACCUGGGCACCUCAACGAGACCCUGGACUCGGACGUCAGCAGCAAGUGGGUGGAAUUUGAGACGUUGUCAGUUUGUGACACGAUUGGAGCCCAGACGCAUCAAUCGAGCCCCGAAGAGGCCGAACAGCCUGAAACCGCAUCACAAACCGAUGUGUGCAGCCCGUGCAGGAAUGGAGAACAAACCGAUAAAGGGGCAGCUCUUCAAAAGGAGGCCCUCUCUCUUCGAAAGCAAGUGGAGAGCCUCCAGGGGGAGCGUGCGGCCUCGGGGGUGGAGGUGGACAGCCCGUGUGGCCCCGGGGCCCCCUGCAGGGCCAGGCUGGUGGCUAUGGAGGAGGCCCAUCGGAAAGCUCUGCAGGAGCAACAGGAGAAGCACGCGAGGGAGAUCGCGGAGCUGCAGGAGCAGAGAGACAGGCUGCUGCGGGAGGAGAGCCAGGCUGCCGCUGAAGCUGUGGAGGCAGUGAGAGCAGCUCACAGGGAGGAGCUGGAGAGGGAGGUGGAGAAGGCCAGGAGUCUGGCUGGAGGAGCUGCACACGCGGACGCUCCACACGGAGGCCACAUGCCACAGGCGGACGCCUCGCGCAGCGAACUAGACGUGCUGUCCGAGCGCUACGGCCAGAGGUGCCUGGAGCUGCGGCACGGCGAGCAGAGCGGCCGGGGCCGAGAGGCCGAGCUGGGCCUCAAGGAGAGAGAGCUGCAGCAGCUCAGAAGAGAGAACCAGGACCUCAAGGUCAAACUGGCGGAGGAGAUCAGCCGCAUGCGUUAUUUCAUCACGGGCCUGAGGUCGGACACGGCCUCUCUUGGCAACGCUGAGCGCGCUGCGUCUGAAUUAGAGACAUUACUAAGAGCAAAAGACAACGAGGUCCAGUAUCUUAAGAAGGAAAUCAGCUGUCUACAGAAUGAAGUGCAGUCCCUCACAAAGGAGAAAUCGGCGGCUUACGAGCGUUACAAGGAGGCGUACGUGGUGCUGAGUGACACGAGGGGGCGGGGCCAACUGAAGACGAGCUCCCUUACUGAACACUUGAAACUGGCCAACGCCGCCCUGCAGGAGGGAGCCGGGCAGGCUGACCAAUGAGGAGCCAUCAUGUCAAUAUACAACAACGAAAUAGUGACAUUACAAUGACAAUACAUGCUGUUGGGACUUAAAAAGAAGAACUCAGAAGGAAACCUCUGUGCAAAGACCAAAUACAAGUGUUCAUCCAUGUGUAA